GGUGUAUAUAAACGGAGGCCGAAGGGGCAUUCACAAUCCCACGGUCUACUAGCGCUCUCAUCACCAGCUGACUCCAACCCUCAGAGCCUGCAGCCAUGGCGUUCAACGGAACCUGGAAGGUCGACCGCAAUGAAAACUACGACAAGUUCAUGGAGCAGAUGGGCAUCAACAUCAUGAAGCGCAAGCUGGCGGAGCACGACAACCUGAAGAUCACCAUCGAGCAGACCGGGGACAAGUUUCACAUCAAGGAGUCGAGCACAUUCCGCACCAAAGACAUCGACUUCACCCUGGGCGUCCAGUUCGACUACAGCCUGGCCGACGGCACCGAACUCUCAGGCGCGUGGGAGAUGGAGGGUGACGUGCUGAAAGGCAAAUUCAACAGGAAAGACAACAGCAAGGUCCUGACCACCACCAGAACUGUGGUGGGAGGAGAGCUCGUACAGACUUACAACUAUGAGGGAGUGGACGCUAAAAGGAUUUUCAAGAAGCAGUAACCUGGAGUCCGAAGAUCAUAUUUUAUUUUUUUAUAGACAACACAAUAUAUAGAUUUGUGGUUUGCUUUUUUUUUUGCUUUUUCUUUUUCUAACAAUACAACGAGGCUACAUCGAGCGUGUCCUCACAGGAUUCUGCUUCGUAUACCUCAAAAGUGAAGUUUGAAACAGCUGAACACUGAAACGAUCGAUGUUAACAUGUCAGGACAACAUGUCGGUCCAAUGAGCCUUAAAUAGAAUCAGAAAAGUACCUGGUGGUGGUACCGAGCCAUGCAGAUCAUUUUGGUUUCCUUUGCCCUGAUUCUGAGAUUUAAAGGUGCAACAUGUAGAAAUGUUUGGUUUAAAACAUGUUUAAAAAAUGAACAAAAAUUAAAAAACAGAAUGCGACGUCUAUGAAGUUAGCAUGCUAGUUAGCUGGAAGUUAGCCACGAGAAUGCAGUGGUGCUCUAGGCCUCAGUACUGAGUCAGCUAAUAGAGCCGCUAGCCGCACUGCAAACCCAGCUAACUCAGUUGGCAUACUGCACCUUUAAAAUGUAAUUUAAUAGAUUCAGAACUACUCAGAAUAAUACUCAGAACAAGCUGUCAGCAGUUUUCAGAGGGACUAGUCCGUCAUUAUGUCAAAGUUCCAACGAAACUGUGCCACUGUCCAAUUUCUUAAAUGUAGAUGGAGACAAUUUUUCACUUCUGGGCAAAAAAAUACCAAAAAACAUCAGCAGGAUUUGUCACAACUAGUGCUGUUUUGUUGUAAUUUAGGAAGAUCGACUCCAGUUAAACUAAACUUGACUGUUAAUUACCUCAGAUCCCUCUCUGAACUUUAUCAUCCAUCCCAAACAACAUGAAAUAUAUCAGAUGUUGUCUUCAAACAUUUUGGGAAACAAGUCAGUUUGCACUAAUGGUUCUGAUAUAUUAUGUGGUCUGUAACAAUAAAGCAACUGCUGCGUGUCACUUGA